GAAACGUCGCUUCUUGUAACUACAAAACCCCCAAAUCCCAUUCAGUUUUUAGGGUUUUGUUAUCCUCUUCGUUUUCAAUACUCACAUCAUCUCGCUUCCCUCAAAGGUUUAGGAAAUGGCAGCUGCACAGUUGAGCUCAAACAGUGUUCUUCCGUCGUUUGAGGGUCUCAGGUCUUCGACAUCCAAAGCUUCAUCAGUUGUGGUGUCUUUACCUUUUACAAGUUUGACCCUCCCUGGUUUAGUUGUCAAAUCUGCUCCCAAGAGAUUUGUAGUUCAAGCAGCUUGGACACGAAGAUCACGAAGCGAAGCAGAAAAAAGACCAAACAAGAAAUCUUGGAAACAGAGGACGGAUAUGUACAUGAGACCAUUUCAACUAAACGUUUUCUUUUCAAAAAGAUUCGUUCAUGCGAAAGUGAUGCAUAGAGGCACGAGCAAAGUGAUAUCGGUGGCAACCACAAACUCGAAGGAUCUAAGGAACACGUUGCCUUCGCUCAUAGAUAACGAGGCUUGCAGGGUGAUUGGGAGGUUGAUAGCAGAGCGAUCAAAGGAAGCGGACGUGUUUGCAAUGGCUUUCGAAGCGAAAAAGAAUGAGAGAAUUGAAGGGAGGUUGGCAAUUGUUCUUGAUACCAUUAAGGAUAAUGGUAUCAUAUUUGUUUGAAGUUUAAGUAGGCUCUGUAUCAAGUAUCUUUCAUAAAAAUAUUUCAAUAUUGUUUUCA